UGGAACUUCGAGGCAGGGGUAUACAGUGUCAAUGGAACAGGUGUUACCCGUGACACAGUUUGGUCUCUCUUUUAGACAUUUUCAUGUUCCUAAUUUACAUGAAUACAGACUGCGAUUAAUCUCUCAUUAUAACUGCACAGUAAUCGAAAUGGGUUUAAAUAAUUAUACACUAAACUCCGGGGAAUAUGAAGAUUUCUUUAUUAACAGAGCUCAUGUCAUUAAUUCUUCAAAACCAAUUGCUGUUCUGCAAAUAUUUUCUGAGUCAGUUGAAUUACCAGGGGAAGGAUUAUUAGUGGUACCAGCAAUUAAGCAGUAUUUUUCGACAGCGGUCAUUCCAAAGCGCAAAGAAGACACGCCAAAAGGACCUGUAUUAAUGUAUAUUAGUAUCAAUUAUAAAACAUGCUAUUAUACUAUGUUGAGAAACACGACUAUUCAAAGGCUAGUUAUAAGCCCAACGUUUUUUCAACCCUUAGAAAAUAAUAAUCCACUGGUAAUGAAUGUUAAACAAGAUUCGUGCGGCAAUUGUGAAAAUGGUUUUGGAAUAUAUGUUAAUCGUAAAAGUUCAGAACGAGGAGGGUCGAUCAACGUCGCUGGCUUCCAGUUUUUGUCUGAUGAGAACCAAACAAGCCAUUACGAUGGACCCUCCUGCGGCAAUGAUGACACCAAUCUACCAACAACGUUAUACACAAAAGAUGCUUAUCCUACCACCACUGGCGAAUCAAAGUUGGAGGAUGGACCCAGGACUACAAACUCUCCUGAAAUCUUCAAUGAGAAGAAAACCACAACAAAAACAGAGAUCUUGACAAAUGAAAAACCUACAACGGUGAUUAGUUCGUCUUCCAGUUCAUUUUUGAACUGCACUUGUAAUUCGAAUCCCAAAGAGGAGGACGACCUUCUAACAAUUAAUCUUCAAGAAAAAAUGAAGACACUGAGAGAAGAUCUUCUACUCGACAAACGAAGCCUUUCUUCGUAUCGGCGGAAGAGGACAAGUGCUAAUGACGAUAGGUUGUCUUCAAAAGGAAUUGGAAUGUUGGGUGUAUGUGUACUCUGUACUUUCGCAGCGGUCAUCUUUAUCAUGGAUUUUAAUACCCUAACGCACCAUGGCACAAUUUUGUUGAGAAAGAUCAUCAGAUUAAAAGAUCGUAGAGGAUUUUCAUAGAAAGCCCAAAAGCACUAUGAUUUG